CCGCCAAAGCACCGGGUUUGGGUCUCGCGGGAGCCGGAGUCGAGUACCAAGUAUAUUUCGGUGUGGCUGAGAGAGGUUUUUCUGGCCACCAGACACCUGGUGACUUCUAGAGAUGGACUUGGCCAGCGGGACUUUCGAAGGCAAUGCACUCACAUCUUGUUUUUCCCUCAAAUCCGGAUUUCCCACUCCCAAACCUUAUCUGCACAGAGGAGAAGUCUGCAAGGAAGAGGAAGAUACCUUGGGGCAGCCCGGCAGACAAGGAGCUGAGGAUAGAGACCAGGGAGGACAAAUCCCUGCAGCAGAACCUCAUGAGAGAGGCUGUUUUGAGCGGCUCCACAGCGCAGGAAUCCAACGGGGAGGAAAAGCCCUGGAGAUCCCACAGGUGGAGGGGCUGCAAACCCAGCCCAGGAUGCUCCAAGGAGGAAAGACCCACCCUGUGCCAGGAAGGCAGCCGGAGCUCUGGCCAGAGCUCUGAAGUGGUCAAUGAGCAGCUUUUUGAUGGCAAGAAGCCCCACCAGUGCCUGGAAUGUGGGAAGAGUUUCCUCACGAGCUCCCGCCUGGUCUGCCACCAGAAGAUCCACUCCGGGGAACGGCCCUAUGAGUGUGGGGAAUGUGGGAAGAGCUUCAGGAUCAGCUCCCACCUGUACCGCCACCAGAAGAUCCACACUGGGGAGAGGCCCUAUGAGUGUGGGGAAUGUGGGAAGAGCUUCAGAGACACCUCUGACCUGAUGGUCCACCAGAGGAUUCACACCGGGGAAUGGCCCUAUGAGUGUGGGGAGUGUGGACAGAGCUUCAGCCUGAGCUCCAGUUUGAUCUGCCACCAGAGGAUCCACACUGAUGAACGGCCCUAUAAAUGUGGAGAAUGUGGGAAAGCGUUCAGGAAGAGCUGCCACCUGAACCGCCACCAGAUGAUCCACACUGGGAUACGACCCUAUGUGUGUGGGGAAUGUGGGAAGAGCUUCCGUGACAGCUCUGACCUGAUCAUCCACCGGACAAUGCACACUGGGGAUUGCCCCUACACGUGUUCAGAAUGUGGGAAGAGCUUCAGCCAGAGGUCCAACCUGAUUGCCCACCAGAGGAUCCACACUGGGGAGACGCCCUAUGAGUGUUCUGAGUGUGGGGAGAGGUUUCAGAGCAGAUACCGUCUCCUCAAGCAUCAGCAGAUUCACACAGAAUAGAGGCCCUUCCACUGCCCCGACUGCAGGAAGUGCUUUAAGAAAAACUCCACCCUCCUCACCCACCAGCAGAUCCACACUGGGGAGAGACCCUAACAGUGUCCCAAGUGUGGCAAGAGCUUUGAGUGCUGCUACAA